CUUAUAUUUUUAGUUUUAAAUUCUUAAGCUGAAACAAGCGGAUAAGAAAUUCGUAGAAAGGCAACAUGUUUGUUAAAUUCGCACUUCUGAUCGCAUUUGCGAGCUGUGUUUUAGCUCAAAAACGAGUUCUCAACAUCCACGGUGGAAACACAGACGAAGACAUUCCUGAAGGUCCGCCAACUAGCCUGAGCUAUGGCAUGUUCAACAUUAUUGCCUCAUGUGACAUCAUCGGUAGAUCAGUAUCAAGAUGCGGACGCAAAUCUACCACAAAGUCAGCUUGCAGAAGACACAACUGUUGUUGGAAUCUGUCAAACCAGAAUCUUAACUUGCCUGUGUGUUUCCAACCCAAGAUGAAAAUCCAGAACUAUCAAGCUGGCACAGCAUGGCAAGCGUGGGGCAGCUGGGGUACCUGUUUGGGAAAAGAAUUAUGUGUUGCAGGGAAACAAUUCAGAUUCAGAAAGUGUGAUGGUGUCCCGGGAACAGGAGGUUGUUCUGGCACUUGGAAAGAAUCGCAGGAUUGUACCACAGCUGGUUGUACUGUCGUCGCAACCGCAGCAUGGGGAGCAUGGGGCUCAUAUUCAACUUGCACAGUCCCAUCUGAGCCAACCUGCUUUACUGGAUUCAAGACACGAACAAGAAGUUGCAUGCUCGUAUCAUCAGUCGUCACGUCCACCUCAUGCUCAGGAUCCAGCUCAGAGACCGCUGCUUGCGAUUCCAGCCUUUGUCAGACUUCCGGUUCUUGGGUAGCUGGAGCAUGCUCUGUCACAUGUGGAAGCGGAACGUUUACUUCAACCCGAACAUGUUUGACAGGAGGAUCCGGAAGUCCUUCAAGCUGUUUCACUAAAACUGAAACGUGUACCCAAUCGGCCUGUGGAAACACCGACCCCGAUUUGGACAUUGUCAUCAUGAUAGACGGUACAGAGUUGACUGAUAAUUGCAAACAGAAAGAACUUGAUUUGAACGUCGUUGCUCCAUUCACUGGCUCCGUAUUCACAAGUGCUAAUUUCCCCAAUUUUUUCCAGCAAAAGGGCUUCCUUACAAGUUUUAUGGCUGAAUGGAGUACAGUCACAUCAGCUACAACCAGACUUGCGGUUCAAAAAAAUUGUGGUUCCUGCUCUUACGCAACACAAACAAACUUCAACGCUGCCAACUUCCUCUCAACAACAUUGACGCAGACUAUCAUCGACGUAAUCAACUUUCCUUGCGAUGUAUCGGAUAUUUUCGGAACAAUGAUAUGCGUUAACGAUGGACAAUUUAUUACUGCAAACGGAGAGAGAACAGGAAAUAAAAAUGUUGGAAUUUUCAUGAUUCCAAGAUUCAACACAGUUCCUAACUACUUGGUGUUUUUGAAUGACGCUGUUCUGACUGCAAUCAAAGGUUCUCUUACCAACAUCGACAAAAUACUGAUCCUGUCUACUGUCGACAUCAGCACUCUCACAACCGCAGAACAAACCACAGAAAUAAGCAUGUUGAAUCAACUUGGAUGCUUCACAACCAAUCCAGGAACUUGCACUGCCUACAUUGGCAACAUCUUCGAAAGUACGGCUACAGUUGUCAACAGAAUGCGCGCCCUUGUUUAAAACUUUGAUUUCCGUAUUACUACAAUUUUUAGAUAAAUUUUCUACAAUAUAUCAUGAUUGAUCAGAGCUGAUACAUGGAUAUGAAAACCAUACUAUAUUCAUUACUAUAUUAAUCGACCCAACGUGGUCAAAUAUUUUAUUUUUAUUGGAAUUACCAUAUUUCUUGUACGGUCUAUGAUUGACUAUCAAAGCUUAUUGUCGUAAAGUAUAAAAUAUUUUUUGAUAAAAAUGAGCAAAAAUGAUUUUUUUUCAUGAUUUGCUGUAUUUUUUUUAUAUAUGCGGUGCAAUUUUAUGUAUUUUUAAUACUCGGUUAUCUUAAAAGAUGCUUUUU